CCGGAAGUUGGGCCUUUCAUUACUUCCUGUUUGACAGACGGCUGUAGUCUCAUAUCAGUCUGGAGGUGAAGGGAUGUGGACCUAUAACAGAGACGGGCUUUUUCUAAAAAAGAAGAGGAAAGAGGACAGAGAGGCUGUAACACUUCCAGCUAUAAACAAUGGCCCAACUUCACUUUGUCAGAGGACAAACAGGAAGGGGCAUUACACCAAACUGACAGAGGAAUCCAAUAUUACAAAUCACCUCAGAUAUCAGCUACAGCUGCAGCAAACAGGAAAAAACCCAAAGGAUCCUCACUUAGAGGACAGGACAACUGACAUACUGCACCAAGGCCAUUUUUUCAAGGUUAAGGCUGCCAAGGCCUUAUUAAACCUACAUGAAUAUGGGAGAACAAUUGAGGACUCAACAAAGUUACUAAGGAGCAUAGAGGCACUAGUCGGAGAAGAUGAGGAUGAAGAUGGUAUCAAGGAGGACAGAGAGACGGACAGUGGGACUCAUUUGUCUGUUAGGUCAAACAAAGACGAUGUGGACAAAAGAAGUGACAACAAACUCCCAGCGACAAAUGUGUGGCGCGGUACGACGGCCAAUGAGGUUCAGAGAAAGGAGGAGGAUUCUUCAUUGGCUGUUGAAGAGAAGAGAUUCAUGGUCUACAUAUGUGGUGGAUACAAAGACACGGUUGCAGAGAGAAGUGCGCUCAUGGAGAACGUCUAUCCCAGACUGUAUCUGUACUGUAAGCAGAGAGGCUACGACUUCAGGAUGAUCGACCUCCGCUGGGGGGUCGGAACGCCUGUUGCUGAACGCCACGACACCGUAGAGCUGCACGUGGAGAAUCUGCAGCGAUGUCAGGAAACCCGGGGUCCAAACUUUAUUUUGUUUGUUGGACAGAAGCACGAGGUCCGGAGCCUUCCCCCCACCAUCACCAGAGAGGCCUAUGAGGCCAUAGUGAGAGUGGUGGCGAGAGACCAACAGCAGGCGUCCAAAAACAAACCAGUGGAGGACUUCCCUGCCUCAGGCUCCCGGUCCAGCAUCACUGCAAACAGCAGUUUCAUCCAACACUCCAUUUAUGGGAAUUAUCUGAAUUUCGGAGAACAGGCUACCAUCUCAGGACUGCUGAGCCAGAGCUCCCACAGCUCAUUUUCAGGAGGAGAGGAGGCCAGACUCAGCCCUGUGGGUGCAAGGAGCCCGGACCUAACUUUACUCCAGAUGUACUACAAGCUGGACGAGAAUUGCCUUCCUCCUGUCUACCGCUUACUUCCCAUCAGCUCUCACCAUCCUGACAUGUUGAGCAUGGACAGAGAGCACAGGAGGCAGGCCAUGAAGGACUGGAGCGCUACCUGCUGCAGACUGUGGGGGAUUCUACAACGCAGCACGGUUGAGGCACUUGGGCAAGAGGCGGCAUCACUGUUACUCAGAACCGUUCUUGACUGGGAGGUAGAGACAGGUCUGCAGUCUGUAGACGAGGCUCCCCCAGAGGAGCACUGCCACUGCUAUAAGAGACUCAUCCCAGACCUGCACUACAACCUGAAGCACGAACAUGCAGCGCAGUACGCCGACCUCCUGAAGGGACGGGCUCAGCUCGAUCCAGUACUCAGCACAGCACACCGGCAAUUUAUGGACCGGCUCCAUGAAAAGCUGCGCUACACCAACAUCUAUGAGCGUAACGUGGGAUGGGGACGGAAAGGCCUGAACUCCAAACACAAUCGCUCCCAGCAGUUCUACACCGAGCGCAUCUCCUCCCACUUUCAAAGGACAGUCAUCAACUCCCUCAACAAAGUAAUGAAGGUCACCAAAACUCCAGGCCCUUAUGACACAAUGAGGAGAGAAGCUGUCAGAGUGCAGAUACAGGAGGAGAUACAGCGUCACGUUAACUAUGGACUCCAUCUGGUGAAGGGCUGUACGUUGAGGCGGGCUUUCCUAGCUGAUGUGAAGAAGGCAGUGGAGCAGUCAAAAACCAGACCCAUCCUCCUGCUUGGACCACCAGGCUGGGGAAAGAGCGCCACCAUGGCUGCAGUAGCACAGCUAGCGCCCUCCUGGCUACCUGGAGCUGUGAAGAUAUUGGUGCACUUCGUUGGAUUCAAUGGAGAGAGCAGGAAUAUUCGUCUGGUCCUGCAGAGUCUUUGUGUCCAGCUGGUUGAAGCCUACUGUCCCCACACACAGCUGUCAGAGGGUCUCCCUCAGCUGAUCAAUGAGUUCUACUCUCUGUUGGACCUGGUGGGAGCAGAGAGACACCUGAUGGUCCUGCUGGACGGGUUAGAUGAGCUGUCUGAGGAACAUGGUGCAGACCUCUCCUGGAUCUCAACCCCUCUACCUCCAAACGUCCACCUCGUCCUGUCUGCGACCACUGACUCCCCCUGCGCUCACUCUCUGCAGUCAGCCCACCCCACAGUCCUGUCCCUCCCUCCACUCAGUCCUGAUGACAUCACAGCAGCAUUAGAGGCCAAGCUGCGGACCGACCAGCGAUGUCUGCAGGAGCAGCAGUGGCAGCUGCUAGUCCGGGCUUGUCUCUCCUGUCCCUGGCCUCUGUACCUGGAAGCAGUUUACUCUGAGAGCAAGCUCUGGACCUCCUACUCCCCCCAGGCCAGCCUCAGCCUUCCAGCUAGCCUGGAGGGCUUCUACCUCGGCGUGCUGGCUCGCCUGGAGAAAGAGCUGGGGAGGCAGCUGGUGAGACGGGCUGCAUCUCUGAUAUCCAUCUCACGUUGGGGUGUCACUGAAGAGGAGUUACUGGACCUGCUGGCCCAAGAUGGGAAGGUGCUCCAGGAAGUGACCUCAUGUCACUCCUCUUCCAGCCGCCGCAGGAUACCUUAUGUCUCGUGGGCUCGACUGAAGCGUGACCUCGGUCGUCAUCUAACGGAGGUCAGGACAGAUGGGACAUGGGUGUACCGCUGGACUCAUUCUGAGCUGAGCCGUGUUUGCAUUAAGCGCUAUUUAAAAACAGAUGACUCUCGCAUGGCUGUGCACGCAGACUAUGCCGACUACUACAGAGACAAGUCGCAACACUCUCACAUAUUUCAGCCGCUGGCGUGGACACUGGAUGAGGAGGAGGAUGGUGACGGCAUGACUAAAAGUUACAGAUUUAAUCUGAGGAAGCUUCACGGGUUACCCUAUCACCUGAUCCGCUCAGGCCAAAUCCUGCCUUUCCUGUCUGAAUGCAUUUUCAACUAUGAGUUCCUGCUACAUAAGGCCUGGGGUCUGUCUGUCCUGGACAUCGAGGAGGACCUGAAGAAGGCUGUGCUGCCAGACAAGGUGCUGGUGGAUGUGGAGGUGCUGUCAGGUGCUCUGGAGCUGUCCAGAGCGGUGCUGCUGCAGGACCCCUGUCAGCUGGCCUCCCAGCUUACGGGUCGACUGGGACAAAUGGUUAUGGAGGACCGUCCUGUUGCUAAAGGUGACCCGCUGAAGUUCAGCUACCUCCAUGCUCUACUGGCUCAGUGUACCCAGUCCUCCCUGCCUGUGCUGCUGCCCUCCUCCACCUGCUUGCUGCCCCCAGGAGGCCUCCAACACACCCUGCUGGCAGGUCAUUUGACCAAUGUGACUGCCCUGGGAGCGGGGCAGAGUGGACCCUUGGGUGUCACCAGUGAAUCAGAUGGUAGCCUCAGGUUUUGGGAUCUGGAACAGAGGCGGAUCAUCAGGAGCCUGGACCCGGCGGGGGGAGUUGUGGGAGAUUCAAUCACCCUGGGUCUGGAUGACAGGAUGCUUAUAGUCCGCAUGGGACAAAGUCUGCAGGUGAGAGAGGUUGAAUCCGGGCGAGUUGUGUAUUCAGAGAGCGACUCAGUGGACGUUCCCAUAGUCACCACGACUAGUGAAGGACAGCUGCUGGUGGUCUUCUAUGAUGGAAGUCAUCUAGUCAAGGUUUUUGACCUGGCGUCUUCCUGCUCUCUGCUGCACUGUGCUAACAUUUCCAUGGAGCAUGAGGCCAUCCAUAAAGACCGCUCCAUUCUGCUGUCCAACAACUCCAUCAGAGACUACGUCCUCUUUGCCUACAGGUCUGGUGGUGAGGCAGCAGUGUUCAGUGCCAGAGGGGGCGCUGUGCUGUCUGUCCUAUCUGCUCAGCAUGAUGGUGCCUCCAUACAAGCUGUAGACAUGACUGAAGACUACCUGCUGCUCUUCUGCAGGUAUCCACACAAGAGUGGCAGUGAAAUCAUCCACAUCCAGCUCUUCAGCACCGUGUCCUUCCUCUACCUGCGCUCCAUACUGGGCUGCGGCCAGGACUGCAUCUCCCAGGUCACUGUCAACCGGGAGGGGACUCACGCCGUGGCCUUUUGCCCCUCCCCUCGGACAGGCAUCACCGAGCUGGUCACAUGGAACCUGGAGACGGAGGACCACAAACACAUCACUCGCUUCCCCGCAGUGCUGACCAAAGGCCUGUGUUUUGAUCUGCGCUUCUGCCUGGGGAUCUGCAGCGGAGAGAAGUACCUUCGCCUGUGGGAUCUGACCUCCAGGAUCAGUGACCAGGCUCUGACGUAUAACAUCCAUAAGCCCAGGAGUGAGGGCACAGAGGAGGUCAUCCCUAUGGGGGAAACCCCGAGGUACGCCGUGUGCCGCUCCGUCAGAGCUGGGACGGUGUACGUGUGGAACUUGGCCAGACGGCGCUUCGCCUGCCGACCAGUCAGAGCGGAGCACGGCCUCUGCAGCAGCACCGACGUGGUGCUCGCGCAUGACUUCAAACUUUACAUCUUGACAGACAAGAGCACCAACAGCAGCAGCAUGGACGCCCCUGCAUGUUCAUUCAAGACUCUUCUGGUGUAUGAUUUGAUUAAGCGGAGCUAUGUGAGGAGACAGACUGGGAUCACAGUCAUUUCCUGUCCUCAGCACGAGUACCGUCUCCUGGAGGAUGGACGGACUCUUCUGGGCCUAUCAGAGACCAGAGCUCAUCUGGUCCUUUGGGAUCUGGACUCUGGCUCUGUCAAACAUGAGAUCAAACCGUCCCUCGGAGAGUCGCUGCUGUGCAGCAGCAGCAGCACUGUCCGCGACCUGCAGUCUGAUGAGACGCCACGCAGAGAGACACCAUUGAUGCCGUGGGACAUUCGAACAGAGAGCCGGUCUGCAAAGAAGAGGAGGCUGCAGAGAGAGGCCCGGAGGGAGAGAGAGGAGAAAAGGAGGCUGGACGGAGAGAAAUACAACUCUAUUGACCAGUACCUCCUCAGUGGAGAUCAACAGGUGGUGGUGUGCUCCUAUUUUGCUCAGCACCUCAGUGUCUUCAGCAUGGUUUCACAGGAGCACCUCCACACCCUGGAGGAUGAAACAUCCCUGCCGAGCCUCCACACUGCAGCCGUCACCUUCACCGGCAGUCACCUGGUGCUGAGUGGCUACAACCAGGAGCAGAGGACCCCCUGCGUCACCCUGUGGGACCUGCACCAAGGAACGGUGAGCAAAAGGCUGAGGAGUGAGGCUGGAGUUUGCUGCGUAGCUAUCACAGACGACGCAGACAGAGUUGUCUUUGGGGUCUCAGGAAGCAACAGACUGAAGGUGUGGGACCCCUUCAAGAGCAACUACAGGAGCAUCUGUGGCUAUGGCAACCUGACCAUAGAAGACUCCAGUAAGCUGCACAUGACAGAGGGAGGAACCAGAGCCGUCCUGCUGUCAGGGCAGCUGAGCCUGUGGGACCUGGAGGCGUGCAGCGUCCUGUCUGUGCUCUCUCUGGAUGCACACGUCCGCUGUAUGACGCUGCUUCCCAGAUGCCAGGUUUCCGUCCUGCUCGGCCUCAGCCACAGCCCUGCCCUCAUCAGCGUCAGGUCGACAUCUAGGACAGCGACUCAAGUCUCUCGACACGGAGACCUGUUUGGAGAGUCCAGCAGCAGCGAGGAAGAGGAGGACGACUCAUGAACAUUCAGUGUUUUUUCAGCUCUUUCUUCGUAAUUAUUGUGUUGACGAAAAGGUCUUUUAAAGCUGAAGUAGCCGAGAUUGGAGCAAAUAUGAUUUAAAAAAAUAAGUUA